AUGAACGAAAUUGCAUCCCAAGUUUUUGUUCCUCCUAUUAGUGCAAUUGCUGAAUGGAUAGUGGCUAACAAGUUUCACAAGGUUGCGCUUCAGUUUCCGGACAGUUUGGCUAAAGACGCUGGUUCAUUUGUUCAUGAGCUACAACAUUAUCCUGGAAUGGAUGCUCACUUUAGCUGUUGCGCUGACAUAAUAUCGGCAAAACAUGCCUCUGCCGAUUGCAUUGUUCAUUUCGGCGACUACUGUUCCAGUCAGCAGUCGGUAUUUUUGCCUGUGUUGUGGGUGAACGUUCGAACAUCGUUUGACGUUGCCAAUUUUGCGUUGAAGUUUCGAAAGUGGAGGUCAGAACGCCGUUUCGAUGAUUGCAAGAAGAUCCUCGUUGUCGUCGAUAACGGGAUCAGUAAUUUUGAAGACAGACUGAAUACCUUGGAUCCUAGAGACUUUGUCCCAGUUUUCGUGACCUGCGUCAUCGAAAGUAUCCGACUGUCAAUGAUGAUGCUUGAACAUCCGCGAACUACGUUCUAUUCUUAUUGCAGUGAGUCUGGCGAGAUUAAGCGUGAAAGCUUUCAAGUCACCAGAAUCCUAAAUAAACGGAUGUACCUGAUCGACCAAGCAAAGAAAGCCAGCAUUGUUGGAAUCCUUAUUGGACCGAUGGUCAGUCCGCAGUAUAUUGAAGUUCACAGGCGCCUGAAAAAAUUGUGUCGCGAGGCGAUGAAAAAGAGUUACAGUUUUGCGGUCAGUAAGCUGACCGUCGCAAAGUUGGCUAACUUUCCGGACGUUGACCUGUUUGUACACAUAUCCUGUCCUUAUGGAGUCGUUCUGGAUUGUUCUGAUUUUUACAAGCCAAUUAUUACGCCGUUUGAGUUCGAACUGGCAUGUCGGCCGGAUGAUCAGUGGAUGGCCGAGAUGAAGCUGUUGUCUGACUGUGCCCACGUUGCAGACGCCUUUAAUAAGGAAUCAAGUAUGGAAGCUUUUUGCGCUACAGAACCUCCGAUGACAAGCGAAUCCUCGAAGAAUCCUCAAGGCAUCAGUACCGUGAUGCUAAAAUGCAAUGAUCUGUCGAUUAAAACGACUUCAGCAGAGGACCGAUUCAAGCAUAGGGCCUGGAAAGGAUUGCAAGAAAAUCUUGGCGAAAAUCCUAUAGCAACUGUUAAAGACGGUCGUAGAGGUAUUGCGAUGGCUUAUGAAAACGAAUCUUUUCAGUCAACGUGA